AUGACUACUGCUUGGAAGAGAUUAAUUAGAUUUGUUGCUAGCGAUGGUAAGAUCUACCGAGGUGAACCAAUUGUCACUGAUGCUGAAUACGAUGUUGGUAAGCAAUUCUUACAAAGUAAGACCAUUAAGGCCAAAGUUAUCAAGGGUGAAAAUAUCUUUGAAGAUGCUGUUGUUACUGACGAAGUCUUAGAAGUUAAGCAAUUGUUAGGCCCAUUAACCCAAGAUGAAGUUCCAAUUAUCAAAUGUGUCGGUUUAAACUACAUGAAGCACAUCCAAGAAGGUGGGAGAACCCCUCCACCAUUCCCAUCUAUUUUCUAUAAACCAAGAUUUACCGUUGCUGAUUUCGGUGAACCAAUUCCAAUCCCAAAGAUUGCUCAAGAAAACCAAUGUGAUUACGAAGGUGAAUUAUGUGUUGUUAUUGGCAAGACUGGUAAGGAUAUCAAGGAAGAAGAUGCUUUAAGUUAUGUAGCUGGUUACGUCUCUGGUAAUGAUGUUUCCGCUAGAACUUGGCAAAGAGAUCCAAAACACGCUGGUGGUGUUCCUCAAUGGUGUUUCUCCAAGUCUUUCGACAAAUACGCUCCAUUAGGUCCUCAAUUAGUUUCUUCUCAAGUGAUUUCCAACCCAGCUACUUUACAAUUAACCACCAGAGUUAACGGUGAAGUUCGUCAAGACACUGGUACUGAUGAUUUAUUAUUUAACGUUCCAAAGAUCAUUGCUUUCAUCUCUCAAUCUACUACUUUAGAACAAGGUACUGUUAUCAUGACUGGUACUCCAAGUGGUGUUGCUAUGGGUAUGAAGGUUCCAAAGUACUUAAAACACGAUGAUCAGGUUGAAGUGGAGAUUUCUCAGAUUGGUACUCUUUCUAACAAGAUGGACUUUGUUUAA